GCCGAGGCGAGGUCGGCCGCGGCGGGCAGCCGACCCCCGCACCGGGCGCGGGGCGAGCGGCCGCGGUGAGGCGCCGAGGGCGGCAGGGGCGCAGCGGCCAUGGGGGCCCUGACGAGCCGGCAGCACGCGGGCGUGGAGGAGGUGGACAUCCCGUCCAAUUCCGUGUACCGCUACCCGCCCAAGUCCGGAAGCUAUUUUGCGAGCCACUUCAUCAUGGGAGGAGAGAAGUUUGACUCCACUCACCCCGAAGGUUACUUGUUCGGAGAGAACAGCGAUCUGAACUUCCUGGGGAACAGACCAGUGGCGUUUCCUUAUGCUGCCCCACCUCCCCAAGAACCAGUGAAGACUCUGAGAAGCCUGAUCAACAUCCGAAAGGACACGCUGAGACUCGUCAAAUGUGCUGAGGAAGUGAAGACCCCUGGAGAAGAGGCCAGCAAAGCUAGAGUCCACUACAACGUAGAGUUCACCUUUGACACAGACGCUCGUGUGGCCAUCACCAUCUAUUAUCAGGCCACUGAAGAGUUCCAGAAUGGUAUUGCCAGCUACGUCCCCAAAGACAACAGCCUACAGUCGGAGACGGUGCACUACAAGCGAGGCGUGUGCCAGCAGUUCUGCCUGCCCUCGCACACUGUGGACCCCUCAGAGUGGGCUGAGGAGGAGCUUGGCUUUGACCUGGACAGAGAAGUUUAUCCGUUAGUGGUCCACGCUGUGGUCGAUGAAGGAGACGAGUAUUUUGGCCAUUGCCAUGUACUGCUGGGCACUUUUGAAAAGCACACAGAUGGAACCUUCUGUGUCAAGCCCCUCAAACAGAAACAAGUCGUAGAUGGGGUCAGCUACCUCCUUCAGGAGAUCUACGGAAUUGAAAACAAGUACAACACCCAAGAUUCGAAGGUGGCUGAGGAUGAAGUGAGCGAUAACAGUGCCGAGUGUGUGGUGUGUCUCUCAGAUGUCCGGGACACCUUGAUCCUGCCCUGUCGCCACCUCUGCCUAUGUAACACCUGUGCGGACACCCUGCGCUACCAGGCCAACAACUGCCCCAUCUGCCGACUGCCCUUCCGGGCACUGCUUCAGAUCCGAGCCAUGAGGAAAAAAUUGGGCCCACUGUCCCCAGCCAGCUUUAACCCCAUCAUCUCCUCCCAGACAUCUGACUCGGAAGAGCAUUCAUCCUCAGAGAACAUUCCACCGGGCUAUGAAGUGGUAUCUCUUCUGGAGGCCCUCAACGGGCCCCUCACCCCGUCGCCCGUGGUCCCUCCACUCCACGUGCUUGGAGACGGCCACCUCUCAGGAAUGCUGCCCUCCUAUGGCAGCGAUGGCCACCUGCCCCCUGUCAGGACCCUCUCCCCUCUCGACCGCCUGUCUGACUGCAGCAGCCAAGGACUCAAACUCAAGAAGAGUCUCUCCAAAUCCAUUUCCCAAAAUUCUUCUGUGUUGCAUGAAGAAGAAGAUGAGCGUUCUUGCAGUGAAUCUGAGACACAGCUCUCUCAGGGGCCCUCGGCUCAGCAGCUUGGAGAGGAAUGUGGUGUAACUCCAGAAAGUGAGAAUCUUACCCUGUCGUCGUCAGGAGCUAUUGACCAGUCGUCUUGCACAGGGACGCCUCUCUCUUCCACAAUUUCUUCCCCAGAAGACCCUGCGAGCAGCAGUCUGGCCCAGUCGGUCAUGUCCAUGGUGUCCUCCCAGAGCCAGCACUCCCAGAUAAGCACUGACACCGUCUCCUCCAUGUCCGGCUCCUACAUCGCCCCGGGCACCGAAGAGGAGGGCGAGGCUCUCCCUUCCCCCCAGGCCGCCAGCAGGACCCCCUCAGAGGAAGGAGAGAUGAUGCCAGCAGCAUCCCCAGACAGCAACUCUGUCAGCCUCGCUGAAGGGCAGGAUGCAGAGGGAAAUGAUGUUGUAGAGGAAGAGGAUGGAUCACCCGCACAAGAAGAUGGCCAGAGGACAUGCGCAUUUCUAGGUAUGGAGUGUGACAAUAACAAUGACUUUGACAUCGCAAGCGUGAAAGCACUGGACAAUAAGCUGUGCUCUGAGGUCUGCUUACCUGGUUCCUGGCAGGACGAUGACAACAUUGUCAGUCGUCGGAACACACAGCGCCGGCGCUUAUCAUCCGGCAGCCUGGAGGACCCCGAGAGCAGGCCCUGUAUGUGGGGCCCUUUGGCCGUUUGAGGGCCCAGCCUGUGCCAGGGCUCCUCUCCGUCCUCGCAUUCCAUCCUGGCCUCAUUGGACCGCUGGCCUCGUGGGCAUCCUCAGCAAGACACAUGGAGACUUUUUAUACCUAUGUGAGAGCUGGACCUUGAGAUCAAUUGCUCCUUCUCCCAGCCUUGUCUCCUUCUAUACCCUGAUCCUUCCCCUCCCAGAAGGAACUGGAACCCUCCUUGCUCCUUGUGGGCUAAAGCCACUCAAUGAACUGUGGCUCAUGAGACCCUUUGCAAAGACUCUCUGGAAUGUUUCCACCAUAUGUUGGUCUUCAGGUGGAGCCAAGGUCCACAGGCUGGUUGUUUCUUGUGCAUCUUUUUUCUCCUGAGUGGGUAGACCAAGAUGAUUUGGAGUUUUCACGGCUUCAUUGCGAACACCCAUCUGGCAUUUUCAGGUCUCUGGGACAUCAUAACUGAUUUGAAACCUCCAACUUGGGGUGGGGUUGGGGGAUGACUCCUGUGAGAAGGGAAAGCCAUAUUUCACUCUAAGUGGAAUUUCCCUCAAAAAGCAUCAGGAGGGGCUGGCCCCAUGGCGUAGUGGUUAAGUGUGCGUGCUCCGCUGCUGGCGGCCCGGGUUCGGAUCCCUGGUGUGCACCAAGGCACCAUUUGUCAGGCCAUGCUGUGGCGGCGUCCCAUAUAAAGUAGAGGAAGAUGGGCACAGAUGUUAGCCCAGGGCCAGUCUUCAGCAAAAAGAGGAGGAUCGGCAUGAAUGUUAGCUCAGAGCUGAUCUUCCUCGCACACACACACAAAAAGCAUCAGGAGCUCCUUUCGCAAGAACUAGAAACAGUGGCAACAAAAAGAUUGGUUGAAAAAACUGUUCUUGCUUCUGGUAGCAGAACUAGUCUCCUCUGCCUCGUGUGUUGGUCUGCUCAGGAAGAAGACCCCGAAUCUGAGAACCCCCUAUUAAAUGAUUGCCCUUACGAGGGUGAUUUAUGAUCAGGCACAUUCAUGAAGGCCCGGGACUGCAUCCUAAGGUGACAUUUCCAAAAAAACCUUUUUAACCACCUUUAUGUGCCGGGUACUGUGGUGGGGCUGUGGGAUCUUAUCACAUUUCAUCCCUACAGCCCUGUCAGGUGGUAUUCUUAUCCCUAUUGUUCCUGUCUCCACCCCUUUUCGUAUUAAUAGUUGGAGAAACAGGCUGAAAGGUGGGGGGACCGGUGAUCCUCAAAUUGGUGCCCAGGAGUCCCCAAGGAUGUGGUGGAGGGCACUGAGGUGGGGCCAGCAGUGGUCUGGGAGCCUCCCCACCCAUGUUUUCCUCCACUGCCUUCCAGAUCCGCUGAGCCUGAUGGGGGAGGGGGAGGGAUUGCCUUCCAUAGGCUCAUUAAAGAUUUAGAGAUACUGUUGUUCAAAUUAUAUGCCCACCCCACCCCACCUCAGUCCAGUGUGAGGCAUAUAAACAAAAGCUUGAAAUGGCAAUGCUAGACUGUAAGAUGUUGGGAGUUACUCCUCUUUCAACACUAGUGUUAUCGUUGGAGUCCACAUCGCUCUUGGAUAGAUGCUUUGUCUACUUACUUUCGGAAAAGGUGGUUGUUUAGUGGAGCAUGAGAUUGGGAAGCAAAGUUAGGUACAACAAUUUGUGAGGCUGAGAUAUGGCAGAGCCGCAGGCUGUCCCCAUCAUGAUGGCCAGUCUUAGCAUUUGGAAUUGUCAUCCUAAAAGAGUUUUUCAGGGCCAUUUCCAAGGCCUCAAAGAGAGUCCAGUGCUCAGGGGAUCCUUUGCGCCUUCUGUGUGGCUUUUUUGCACUGCCAGGUAGGUGGUGACCCUCACACUGACUAGUGGUUGUGGCUCACGUCCUGCCCUGGGGGGUUGGGGGGGGGGAGGCCUGUUGUCCUGACAUAUGUGACAUGAGCCAAACCUGAAUUUAAGCUUCUGUCUUGAGUUUCCAUGUCCACUGUCUCUGAAAUCCUACAGUGGACUCUGCUGUUUCGGGCCCCGCUUAAUGUCCUAUCUUUCCCCCACAUUCUUACAUAUUUAAUAUUUGAGCAAUAACCCCACUUGCUGAUUUCCUUGAAUUUUGAGCCCCAGAAGCACCAGGGGAUGGAGCUUCCGUUAGCAUGGGGUGGUGGCACACAGACCCCCCUCCUCUCCUGGCAGGUAGUAGUCACAGUGUGGUGUUACCUGAGAUGAAGGAGAUGCAGGUAAACAGUAGCCCACAGUGGCUAGGAACCCUAAGAGGAAGCCAUUAUCUUCACCCCUUCUGGAGGGUCUGUGUCCUCUCCCAGGAAGGGGCUCAGAAAGAUUCUUCAAGACCUUGGUUCCAUAACCAAGACAUACCUGGGUUAGAAAUGGCCCUUCACUCUUUGUUUCUCAGACAGUUCCUUUUCUCUCUCCCUCUCCCCCUCUCCCUCCCUCUGUCUCUCUCUCUCUCCCUCCCUCCCUCCCUCCCUCUUUCUCUCUCUCUCUCUCUCUCUCUCUCAUCUCUUGGUACUCAUUUAGCUCUUUGGCAAGCAGAAACAUCCCAUCAUCCCAUCCAAAGGGGCUGGUCCUCAGUCAGCUUGAUCAGGGAACAGGGCAGCUGCCAACCCUACUGCCCGAACCCAUCAUCUGGAGACAGUCAUUGUGUGUAAGCAGUUGACCCAGAGAGAAUGCGAUGGGGCCUGCCUUCUCACACGAGAGCACACACUAACUGGAAGCCUGUAGCUCCUUCCUGCCAUACUCAGGUCUGAGCUCUCCCAUGGCCUCCGAGUGGUGUGGUGAUCCUGGCCACCUCGUAGAGCCUUUUUUCCUUCCCCUACCCAGUUCCAUCCCUCCAGAGUUCAUGGCCACUUUGGGGAAUCUCCUGGGGACAGACCCACACACUUUAAGCCGUUUAACCUGGGGAGAGGUAGUGUCCUGUCCACCUGAUCUUGGCAUGCUGGUUGCUCACUUUGCUUUAGGAUCUGCACACCUGGUGUGUGCAAGUGUGUGUGUGUACUGUUGUGCCCUCUGUGUACCACUGUGACUCCCUGGAGUGCACUCAUGGGCACACUACAGUGGGGACAUCAAGGAUGCAAUAUUUAUGGAUUGCUGCAUGAUUCUUAAAAAUGAAUAAAACUGUUUACAAAGGAAGGAGAGCUGUUAACUGCACAGUUGGCUUAUUUGUGA